GCGAGGAGCAGAGAGAGAAGAGGGAGGGUCUGUUCAGGGAAGGCGGUGCCAAGCUAGCGGACAGGAAGCGGAAGAGACGAGAGGCCACGUGGCGGAGAAAGACAGGGAGGCCUACCUCCCUCGCCUGCCAGCAUGGCACCCGCUGCUGCCGCAGCUGCGGCGAUGGCAGGCGGCUAUGCAGCUCAACAGCAGCAGCAGCAGCAUGACAUGAUGAACAAGGAGGAGGAGGAGGAGGAGGAGAAGAAGGGGGAGGAGAAGAAGGGGGAGGAGAAGAGUCUACUGGCCUCUGGUCCUCUUCGUCUGGUUGUUGCGCUGCUUUACUUGGCUUCUAUCGUGGAAUCUUUGACUUUGCUGAUGAUUCCGUCUGUGCUUCUUGAACUCCGAGCUGCAUUCGCUCUGUCUGUCUUCCAGGCUGGCUUGCUUACGUCAGUCAGUAGCUUCCUCGCUGCCGCCUUCUCUCCCAUCGCCGGCUAUGUUGCGACCUUCGCUGGUCGAGUCCAGGUCAUCGUGGUGGGGGUGCUUUGCUGCGGGGUGUCCAGCCUGGUGCUGGGACUCAGCCAGUCGUUCACCCACGUGGCGAUCUCCUGUGCAAUCAGCGGGCUGGGCGUCUGCCUCAUCUCGCCAGCUGUACGGGCGAUGCUGGCAGAUGUAUAUCCUAAGGAGCAGAGGGGGAAAGGGUUCGGGUUACUCGCGAUGCUAACUCUAGCGGGAGGUAUGAUAGGGAUGACAGUGGCGACGAUGAUAGCUAACAAACCGGUCCUAGGAUUUCCUGGGUGGCGUAUGUUCGCGUUCUUGCUCGCAAGUACGUCUUUCUGUCUGGCAGCGUGCGUGCACGCCUUGGGCCUCGAUCCCUGUGUCUUUUCGCCUCAUGAUCAUCAUCAGCAGCAGCGGCAGCAGCAGAAGCAGCAGCAGCGUGAUGAUUGUCGUCAUCGUCCUCACGACCGCCAUAGCCAAAGGCAUCAGGAACAGCUGUCCCCUCGCGUCUUCGUGGCGGCCGCUCCCAGCUCCUCGCAGAGCAGCAAUGCUGCAUGGAACGCCGUGGAAAUCCUGGACUCGAAUACCGCUGUCGCGAACGCGAACGUGGCUGCAGCCAUCGCAUCGUCGGAUGGGAGAAGGGGCGUCGAGGAGGAGGAAGACGAAGAGCAGCAGAAGCAGCUGCACCAAGGGCAGCAGCAACCGCGUGGUGCCAUCAGGGAGAACACGUCGGGAUCGGGAAAGCUGGGCGAGGAGGACACGUUGCAGCGUCAGAACUUGCGCGACGUGCUGGUUGUCCCACCUGUACACGUUGCAGCAGCUGCCGGAGGAGGAGGAGGAGGAGGAGGAGGAGGAGGAGGAGGAGGAGGAGGACGAGGACGAGGACGAGGAGAGGGAGAGAAGGAGCGCAAGCAGACGAUGUGCGGAGUGUUGAAGUCCAGCCUGGAGAAAGUCUGGACGGAUCUACGAGAAGCCAUCGCGAUCCCGACUAUCCUUCUCGUCUUGCUCGCCGUCGCGGCUUCCUCGAUCCCGGGAAGAGUGCCUUCUCUGUACGCCAUGUACUUCGAGCUCUCACAGUUCUCUCAUGCCGACGCUGCGAGCUUGAUGCUCGUGUUCGGCUUAUCGGUCGGCGCAGGGGCGUUUCUGGGGGGAUGUAUUGGGGACCUGAUGAGUCGACUUAUGCCGGACGCAGGCCGUGUGCUGUGCGGGCAUUUCUCGGCCUCCACGUACCCUCUGCUGCAGUGGUGGAUGCUAACGGGGCUGCCACGUGGAGGAGGUGCGCACUGGGCUAGCUACGCCGCCCUGCUCUGCCUGUCGGGACUGACAGGCACCUGGUCGGGGGCCGGAAUGAUAGAUCCCCUCUUGGCGGAGGUGAGCCCUCGGCCGCUGCUGACCUUCGUGUACGCUUGCGAGUACGCCGUGUCUUCUUUGGUGGGUUCACUCGGUGGGCCGCUGGCAGGAGCGGCCGCAGAGAUCUUCGGUUUCGAUGCCGCCACAAAGAAGGAGGUGGACCCCCAUCACCAUCCAGAUACACAUGGGAGGAGGAGAAUGAGAGUACUGCUCUCCACAGGGAACGAGAGUAAGGAUCUCUCAGACGCCGACGCCUUGUCCAAGGGUCUCGUGCUGAGCAUCGUCCUCCCCUCUCUGAUCAAUGUCUCUGUCUACUUCAUGUUGUAUUGGUUCUACCCUAAGGACAGGGAUCGUGCCCUGACGAGGGUCGAGGAGGAGGAGGAAGAGAAGGAGGAGGAGGAGGAGGAGAAGGAGGAGGAGAGAGUACGUCAGGGUGAUCGACAACCUCUCCUCCGACCAAUUGGCGUAAAGAAGAACGUAUCGAACGUCUGACAGUAGGAACUGUCAAUCAAUCCCUUUCCGUCCCCGCUUCCACCCCUGGGGCGAGGUGCCACUAGCAAAGGGGAUUGGAUCGAACGCCCGAAUCUGGACUUGUUUGUGGAAAGGUGCAGAAUGUGGCGAUUGAACUGCUUUUCUGCAUCUCUGCUAAAAACACGUCCAGAUUCAGGAUAUUUAUCCAAUCCUCUUUGGUAGUGGGACCUCGCCCCCGGGCACAUCCGCCUCGGCCCGGCGAGUGACUGCUUGCCUGCUGCCUCCCUCCUUCGCUCCCUCCCUUUGUAUAUGUGACCUCCGUUCUCUGGUCCCUCGCACUCUUUUCCGUUCGCAUGAGUGGUGUGACGACGAGGCGCCAAGUCUUUAGUCCAUUCUAGGCGAGGCUUUACCCAUCUAUCUCCCCCUAUUCGUCUUGUCCUACGUAUCUUCAUGCGCAGUACACAGGUUGGCAGAUGGUGAUCAAAAUAAGAGAAACGGAUUAAAGCGAAAUACCAACGGCCCCCAGCUCAGUUGCUACACCCAUGAACUGAUGAAUCACAGCCCGAUGUUCGAAUCCAGUCAAGGCCGUCGCCCGAGGCCGUACCCAUCGAUCCCUCUUCGCCUGCCUAUCUUGAUGGACAGUACACAGCUACGGUAGGCAGAUGGUGAAGAGGGAGACCUAUGUUCGAAGUCCAGACUCGAUCAGAUGAAAUCUGGGGCCGGUCAGCUCAACGACGAUACCUCAAGGUCGUCGUAUAUAUAGAUGUAUAUAUCGUCAUAUAUAUCGUCAAACAGAACUGCCCGGUAAACCGUAGGCAGAGACGGAGAAGAGGGCAACAAACGAGGGGCUGUGACAGACUGUUUGGUCGGACUCAUAUAUAGUAUAUAUGAUUUAUAUAUUGUCAAACAGAGCUGCCCGGUAGAAGGGGUGGGAAAUGCAUUCUUACAACCGUCUUCCCCCAAACACAACGCACCCUGAUAACGAAUGUACACAAGCUGUCUUUCCGGUCCGGUGCAGCCAAAAUGAGGGUGCGUUAUGUUCGGGGGAAAAUGGUAGUGGUUCUCCCUCCACAAUUCUCCCCCCCUUCAACGCACGAACUCACACACACGAGUCGGUGAAAGUCCGACGAAACUGUCUGUUCGGUACAGUCAUGCGUUUUUUGAGUGUAUAGCGAAUAUGACAACACACAGAGGGACACAUAAACUUCUUCAUUCCUGGCUUUCACCGCUCCAGCGUUUCAUCUUGUAUCAUGUAUUUAUCACCCAGUCCACCUGUCUAUUUAGACUGAUUCUGUGCGGGUCAUUGCACUCAUCUAAUUCCAUGCUACGUUCGAACGAAGGCCUGUGUUUCAAAAACAGUUACUUGGGUGUACCAAUUCAGCCUACUGAUCCAUCUGCCUUUAUCUACCCAUCAAUCCAUUUCUCUUUUCUACAAAAGCAUUUGAGUACCGUGUAUGUCUGCCUCCAUCAUGUACGGACCUCGGCGCUACUGUCUAGCCAUGGUUCGUACCUUUGAUCACUGGGAACUGUGCAACAAGGGACUACUGGGACUUAUGUGGGACAAUGACACGGCUGGGAUCUAUGGAACAAUGACACCAUUUGUGGGACAAUGACACCACCUGUGGGACAAUGACACCACCUGUGGGACAAUGAGACCAGUGAGAAACGAUGGGACAAUGGUAACACUGGGAACUGUGGGACAACAACGCCACCGGGAACUGUGGGACAACAACGCCACCGGGAACUGUGGGACAAUGACAUCAUUAGUGCGAAUUGUGGGACAAUGACAUGUUUUCUGGGGGACUGAGGGACAAGGACAUCGUCUGUGGCAUGCUGAGACCAUCCCACGCUGGGCCUUGAUGCUCGGGCAUUUUCUUCAGAAGGCCCCUCCUCCGGUGGGACCCUUUGGGGACCUUACAAUCCUGAGACCGCACUCACACGAGUAUUUUCCUCGGUGCAUGCACCUGGCUGGAUUUGCGGUUUGUUCUGCAUGCAUCUGACCUUGAUUACAUCCAGAUUCCAGAUCUGAGUCAGAAAAGUCCGAGUUUGAUUAUGCCCUGAGAGGUUCUCAGCCGUCAUAAGGGCUCUAGUAAAUUUGUACACUAUUUCAGACAUACCCCUCGUCCGCCUGGCCCCUUUGGGGGCCUAUGGCAGGCUGAGAGGGCCCUAGGUGAGGGAGUUCGGGUGUGCCUAGAGGUUUUGCCCGUCUUGGUUGGCCCCUUUGGGGGCCUAUGGUAGUCAGAGAGGGCCCUAGGUGAGUUUUCUCAGCUGAAGAGAAAGGGGCCAAUAGGUGUGUAACGUGUGGGAAUCAACAAAAAAGUUUGGGAAAAGUUCCGUUUUUUUAAUGGUCUAGAUACUAGAUAGUCAAAGCAUUUAGCGCUGUUUGUUUUGUAGUAAAUUUGUACACUCUUUUGGACAGGCACCAGGUCCACUGAACCCCUUUGGGGACCUAUGGCACAUUGAGAGGGCCUCAGGGAUGAUGAGAGAGGGCCCUAGGUGAGUUCGUUCCAGGGGGUCUAGAGAUAUUAUCUGUCCGAGUUAAUUUGAUUCAUUUUAUGGUUGUUUUGUUUGCUUUGCUGCAUAUUCUGUUGAUGUCAGUUUUUUUUUUUUUUUUCCCCUCUUCUUCUUUUGGGGGUCAAUUUGGUUCUGAGGGACCUAGGUCAGUGAGUUUCAGGCAGGUGUGUAGAUAUUUUGAGCCUCUCAAAACACGGCGCACGAAAUGAAAAAGAAAUGAGCGAGGUCGCAGACCAGGGGGCCUGGGUGAGUAGGUAGGUGAGCAGGUAGGACUAUGGCCUCAUUUCUGGGCCAUUGGAUCUUGCUUUGAACUGAUAGCCUGGGAGAGAGGGGCCAUAGGCUCUAGCCGCCGGCGCAGUAGUACUAGGCAGAGGCCGGUCCAGUGGGUUCACGUGUUUCCACCAGGCUGCUGGUCUAGUGAGUGCAGCAGCCUAGCUGUAGAGUACAGUAGCACUGAGUAGAGGUAGGAGGGGCAGAGGUGAUAGUGGAGUCCAGUUAACUGCCACCUGACAUAGCGGGACCUCUUUUCUGAGAUACCUCUGCAGUGCAUCAGCAGCUCAAGGCUCUGCCUUUCACAGCUGUGUAACCAUGACAUCGUCACUAGGGAGAGUUGGACAAUGUCAUCAUCAUCAGGGAUUGUGGGACAGUGACAUCGUCACUGGGGACUGUGGGACAAUGACCUCAUCACUGGGGAUCCAAGCUAUGAUGAUUCACAAUUCCACUUUUGAUGCUUGUAAGGACCUGCCAAAACAUGGACUGAGAACACAGCUGUUUUGUGAGUUUUGCCGCUGGAAUGUAUGCCGUGCUGAGAUCCCCGCAUUUUUGCUGAGUUUUUUAAGUGUGUGUGUGUGUGCGUGUUUGCUGGUCUGCGUGCCUGUCUGAGUGCUUGUCGGCCUGAGUGUGUGUGUGACCCGCAAGGGCACUUGUUUGUUUGGGAGGCCCUGCAGGGCCGGUACUUACCUGUGUCCGUGACUUUGGGGUUGCAGCGGGGAAAAACACUCGAGUGGCCGAAGGAAUAGCUUAGGGCUCCCUCGAGUAGCGGUAGUGCAGGCCCGUAGGCACUCAAGUAGUAGGUAGGCCGGUACCACUCGAAGUAGCGGCGGAUAUGUCGGGAACUGGAGGCCGAGCAGAAGAAGACAAGAAGUUGGCAUUUUUAGAGUCGCAGUAGCGGUAGGCUAGGUCUAGGCGGGUACCAGUCCAAGUAGUCUGAGCCCUAGGGUCUGUGCGGACGAUAUGAGGGCCCGCAAUGAUGUUUUCCUCGGAAAGGGAGGAGGUGCUGGUUGCUUGGAGGCUGCGAUGCCUGGAAGUCAUCCGCCCAUCAGGGUAAGGCCCUUAGUAGUCUGCCAAAGCCUCGGCCUGGAUGAAGAAAAGAGAGAGGUGCCCAUAGUUGCGGUGGACCUCUUGUUGUGAUGGCAGUAGAAGAGGGAUUCAAACAUUGAUUCUGGUUCAGCCAUUCAUCAUGGUUAUUAUUAUUUAGUUUGAAUAAG